AUGGGUCCGCUCAUCAGCUUCGUCGCCAUCUAUGUUUUGGGGGGCCUCACCUUCAUCCCCCUGGUCCUCUCGAUUGCGCUCCUCUAUGCUUACUUGACCUUCCCGAGUGUCUCUUCGUCCGCUCGGCUGCAUCGGCAUGGAGCCGGUGGCCUUCGCCGGCCCGACGAUGAUGAACACAGCUUGAAGUCAGGCACUGACCACCUCGCCGAGGAGUUUCACCGUGCACACGAUUCAGAGGUCGCGACUGGAUACUUUGCCGUCUGUCGUGAAUAUGUACCAGGCGGAGUCAAUGGCAAGCCGCCUGAGAGGACGACACCUGCCGGGGAGGUAGUGGCCACUGAAAGCCCCAGUGUUUACCAAACAAUGUACAGGAGCUUGUUCGACAGGAAGCAAGCACCGAGCAUCGAACCAGCGAAGCUGAACGGGAAGAAUGUGAAGCGUGCGCGCAAUGUAUUCUAUAUUGUUCUUCGACACGGCCACCUCAUGCUAUACGAUGAUGCAAAUCAAGUCGACGUUCGCUACGUCAUUUCACUCGCUCAUCACGAUGUUACCAUUCACAGUGGCGAGGGGGACAUUCCGGAAGGCGAGCUCUGGAUAAAACGGAACGCGAUCUGUCUUUCAAGGCGACUGGAUUCGCUUGGAGACUUGGGAGGUCCGACACCGCCCUUCUUCUUAUUCUCUGAAAACUUGUCAGAAAAGGAGGAUUUCUACCUCGCUUUGCUUCGGAAUCAGUCGAAGCUUUGGAACUCAGCGGACCGUCCGCCCAAGCGCCAGGAAUUCGACACAAAGCAUGUUGUCUCGUUGGUCCAGCGAUUGCACUCGUCAGAGGAGCAGAUGCAGACCCGAUGGAUCAAUGCGCUCAUCGGUCGCCUCUUCCUGGCCUUGUAUCGAACGCGCGAGUUGGAACAGUUUAUCGGCAGUAAGAUCGCUAAAAAGAUCUCGCGAGUGAACAAGCCAAACUUCAUCAGCAAAAUCGGCCUCCAGAAGAUCGAUAUGGGAGAAGGGGCGCCCUUCUUCACCAACCCCCGGCUGAAGGACCUGACCAUGGACGGCAGCUGUUGUGUGGAGGCAGAUGUGCAAUAUGCAGGGAAUUUCCGCCUGGAAAUAUCAGUCACCGUGCGUAUUGAUCUAGGCCAGCGGUUCAAAGCUCGCGAGGUCGAUAUCGUACUGGCUGUAGUUUUGAAGAAAAUGGAAGGUCACAUGCUUCUCCGCUUCAAGCCUCCUCCAAGUAACCGGCUUUGGAUGUCGUUUGAGAGCAUGCCCAAGAUCGAGAUGGACAUCCAGCCCAUUGUCAGCUCCAAGCAGAUUACUUUUAGCCCCAUUCUCCGAGCGAUUGAAAGUCGCAUCCGAGAAGUGGUCGCCGAGAGUGUUGUUCUGCCGUUUUGGGAUGACAUACCCUUCAUGGAUACUCAUGGACAGGCGUUCCGUGGUGGCAUCUGGCAACGUGAGUCUGAUAUGAAUGCCCCUCCGUUGGAAAUACCCGACGAAUCAGAAAGUGCACCCGCAACAACACAGGGUCUUCGUGAUGCCCCUUCCCUGGAAAGUCUGAAGGUAAAGGACGAGCGCAUCAUGAGCACGCCUUCACUAUCUGAGCAGCAAGCUGGAAGUGGUCGUUUAAAGUCCAGGAAGACACCCAAUCCGUCCACCGUUGACUUAUCGCACGGCUCAAGCGGUACCUCCACCAGCGUAGAGAAAACGUCAGACAGCCUGCCACUACCCCGAGCCAUUCGUUCGCAGACGUUCUCGAAUGCUGCGCACCCAAUCGUCACAACGGAUAACGCCAACAAAGUGUUGACAGAGGUCAAAAGUGGGGACAGAAAUAGUGCCACUAGCGCUAUGAUUGAGAUAUCCAAGCGCUCUCCACCUACAUCACCAAGACGAACUCCCAGCAGUUCUCCACCCUCUCUUGAAAUCGCAGUGCCGGAGAAUGCCAUUCACAGCCGGAGUUCCUCCAUUGCAGAGUCGAUGGAUGGUGUCAGUCUCCACAGCGAUCAGGUUAUUCAAACUCCUUCGUCUGCGCGCUUCGAGAAUACCAAUCCACUUGGUAUGCGCAGUUUAAGAGGCAACUCCAGUUCUUCACUGGUCAGCGAGAAGUCCCGCCGACGAAGCACGAUCGAGACAUUAGGCAAGCUGUCAGACGAAAAAUCCAUCGGCAAUGUCGCGAUCAGCAACGCUGCUGCUGCUGCUAAAAAGUGGAGCUGGAGUGUUUUCGGCAAAGGAGAGACCAAUAAUGAGGACACAUCACGUUCCUCGGCGAGUAAGUUGGAUGUGCCCAUCGGCCGAGGGCACCCUCACCCGCUACCAGGGGCGCCUUUGCCACGGCCAGACAAGUUUGCCCUGAAACGGAAUUCAGGGACUCUGCCAAAACGUAAACCUGUAGGCAUGCAGCCGUCAUCGCCUGACAAGCCCACUGCCGAGGUGACCAGACCCGUGCCUCCUCCACCAUUACCUCGCAGAAAGACUAGCACCGGCUCCUCUCGACCAGUACCUCCGCCACCUCUCCCUCAGCGAAAGCCUGUCAUGCAGCCUGACGAUACAAGCGGGUCCAUCGACAAUCUACUCGUCGUCCAAGCACCGCACGAUUCCGCUCCCGAUAGUCCUGCCACUGGAGAACUCGACCUAGAAGACACAUUGACUGGGUCUUCUCUCAUGGGUACAGAUGCGCAUCUCAAUGCCGGAGAUUCGAGGCAAGAGUUGCAUCAUGACCACGAAGAUAGUGAGAGUUUCGAGCGUCAACCGCCUUCUCCUCAAUCACUUCCCUCAAGCCUUGACUCAAGCAAUGCUUCACCCCCGAAAGUCUCAACUCCAGCCCGUCCGAUAAUGUCGGUGCGUCAUACUGGAUUGUGA